GAAGCUUGUGAGUGGUCAAUAUCCUUGACAAGUAACUUAAUAUAUGGUUACAGCUUUAACUAGAGGCUUAUAAAUCAAAAUGCUGCUAGUUGAGUGACUAGAUCAAACCAGUAAAACACACUGACAACAGAUUCAUCAACUUCUCAGCAUUCAGUAAUAAGCCAAGAUGGAGAUGAUGUCAGUAUAUUCAGCUGUGCUUGUUGCUUUAGUCAGCGUUUGCUAUUACAAUUCGCUAGAGUGUGGCUUCGUGUUUGAUGAUAUGUCUGCCAUUGUUGAAAAUAAAGAUUUGAGACCGCAUGUACCCAUUUCUAAUCUCUUCUGGAAUGAUUUUUGGGGAACACCCAUGAAACAUGAGAAGAGCCAUAAAUCAUAUCGCCCGCUGUGUGUGCUCACAUUUCGUUGGAAUUAUGCUGUAAAUGAAUUAGAUCCAAUAGGAUAUCAUCUGGUAAAUAUGAUACUUCAUGCUGUCACAUGUAUUAUGUUCAUGAUAAUGUGUAAUAUAUUUAUGAAAGAAUUUACAAGUUUUCUUGCCGCUGUUAUGUUUGCUGUUCAUCCAAUCCACACAGAAGCUGUAACUGGAAUUGUUGGAAGAGCUGAAUCUUUGUCAUCUAUUUUUCUAUUGGCAGCUUUCGUGACAUAUAUCAAAUCUACAGGAUAUAGAAAACCAAUCAAUUGGCCGUUAUUAUUUUCAACCGUAUCAUUAGUAACUAUAGCUAUGUUGUGUAAAGAACAAGGUAUAACUGUUAUUGGUAUCUGUUGUGUUUAUGAAGUUUUUGUUGCACAAAGGUCCUCAGGUCAAGAAUUAUUGGAUAUUGUGAAAAGUUUAGUCAAAGGAAAACCUCAAAUUCCUGAUUGGUUACGAACCUCCAUUAGCCGAGCUGGUUUCCUGGUGUCAGGAACUCUCAUGUUAUUGUUUGCUCGGAUUAAAGUAAUGGGAGCACAACUUCCUGUAUUUACAAAAUUUGAUAAUCCAGCUUCUGUAGCACCAUUUCCAGCACGACAGCUGACCUUCAAUUACUUACUGCCACUCAAUUUUUGGCUCCUCCUCUUUCCCUCAGAGCUGUGUUGUGAUUGGACAAUGGGAACUAUUCCAUUAAUUGAAUCUAUAUUUGACUAUAGAAAUAUUUUUACUGUGAUAUUUUACUCUUCUAUGGUUCUUUUUGCCAAAUAUACUCUCUGUGGUCAAAACAAGCGAAUUAGGGCCGUCAUAAUAAGUAUUUCAUUCAUGGUGCUUCCAUUCAUCCCUGCGUCUAAUUUAUUUUUCCCUGUUGGUUUUGUUGUGGCGGAAAGAAUUCUCUACACUCCAAGCAUGGGUUUCUCUAUGCUUGUAGCUAUUGGUUUUGAAAUUAUAUCUUCCAAAAAAGCCUAUAAAGGUAUAACAUGGUGUUUAAUGUUAGUAUUGUUAACAACUCAUAGUAUUAAAACAUUCUACAGAACAGCUGAUUGGAAAUCAGAGUAUACAAUAUUUCAAGCAGCAUUAAAAGUAAAUGAUAGAAAUGCCAAGUUGUUUAAUAAUGUUGGACAUGCUUUAGAGAAAGUUCCUGAUUACGCUCAAGCUUUGACUUAUUUCCAAAAAGCUGUCAGUGUACAGCCUGAUGAUAUAGGAGCUCAUAUAAAUGUAGGAAGAACAUAUAAUAACCUGAAUAUGUCAAGGGAAGCAGAACAAGCGUAUAGAAAGGCUAUAGCUUUAUUCCCUCCUGUUAUAUCAGGAAAAUCGUACACAGCUAGAAUAGCACCAAAUCAUCUGAAUGUGUAUCUCAAUCUUGCCAGUCUUGUAUCUAAAGAUGAAAAAAGAUUACACGAAGCUGAUGAGUUAUUAAGAACAGCCAUAAGUAUGAGAUCAGACUAUGUUCAGGGUUAUAUCAAUCGUGGUGAUGUUUUGGUCAAACUUGGCAGAAUAGAAGAAGCUAUCAAGGUUUAUGAAGCAGCAUUAAAACAUGACCCAGAAAAUGCAGAUCUGUAUUAUAAUAUUGGGGUUGUGUACCUAGAAAAUAAAAAUAUUAAAAUGGCUCAUGAAUAUUUUACUAAAGCUUUACAACAGAAUCCUAAUCACCCGCAAACAUUAUUUAAUUCAGCUAUAUUAUUACAAGAGACUGGUGAUCCUAACAAUAGACCAGAAGCUUAUAAAAGAUUAAGAAGAUUAAAAGAACAAACACCAACAGACUCUAAAGUAUAUUUUAACCUGGCCAUGUUAGAUAUGGAUGAACAUAAAUUUCUAGAUGCAGAAGUCAACUUUAAGAAAGCCAUUGAGUAUGAUGAGACAUUUCGAAGUGCUUUAUUUAACUUAGCUUUAAUGUAUAACAAUGAUUUAAACAGACCAAGUGAUGCUAUUCCAUACUUAGAACAGUUGUUAAAGCAUCACCCUGAUCAUAUUAAAGCAAUGAUUUUAUAUGGAGAUAUAAAUCUGAACCAUAGAAAAGAUCCAGUAGCUGCUGAAAAGAAUUUUGUAAGUGUUUUACAGAUAGAUCCUAAUCAUGUUCAGGCAAUGCAUAACUUGUGUGUCGUUUACGUAGAAAAGGGUGAUCUUUUUGCUGCUGAAAAAUGUCUUGUUCGAGCGCAUAAUUUGGCGCCAAAAGAAGAUUAUAUAUUUAAACAUUUACAAAUCGUGAGAUCAAGGAUAAACCAAGCUCAACAGCAACAACAGCGAGUAAAGGAAGCCAAUGGCCAAAAACCAGUGACGACAGAACCUGAAAUGAAUAAAGAGAAGCAAACUCCUUAAGUGUUAUUUGUAGAAAUUUGCUGUCUAAACAAAAACAAUUCUGUUCAUAGAGAAAGUUUGCAGUAAAAAGUCAAAAUUUAAACUUUUUUUUUGCAUAGAAAUAAAAUUACUAUGCUAGUUAAUGACUGUCAAGGUAUCGAGUAUAGUGAUGAAAUACCUGGAGCAAAGGGAUUCUAUGGAAAUUGUGCUUUGUUGGGGUUUAAAUUGAAUUUUAGCUGGUAACCCUAAAUACCUUCACAAGUCUAUUCAUAGUUACACUAACUGGUUAUAUGUUGUGGUACAAUGACGAAUAGUAACCUGUCUUCAAUGUACUGUAAUUCAUCAAAUAGCAAAAUAUACCAUAUCAAGGUCAUAGAAUAUUUGUAAUUAAUGCAUUAUAUUUUAACACAGCUAUGAAAGCUCUCAUCUCAUUUAACAAUUUAUGGAACAGGAACUGGGUCUCAAGUUGUACUCAUCUUGUUGUUGACCAUCUGGUGUCGUUCUUCAAAAAUAAAAAGCCUGCUUGCAUGUUCCUUGGACAAUUGUACAUUGAUUAACAGACCAUGAAUUUUGAUAUGAAAUCAUAAUUCCAAGAUGGCGGUAAUGAUGUCAUACUCGGUUCCAUACUUGUUUAUAUCCGAGUUAAAUUUGUAUAUGUUGUUAAUACUUGUACAUGAACGAUGAUACUCAGUUGAGUUUUUAUUUGUUUUUUUUUUUCCAAUGAACAUAUCUCUUGUUAUCUCAUAAUGUUUUUUUUAUUAUUAUUAUAAUUAUUGUUCCCAGAUUUUAUAUUAGAUUUAUUUCUAUACAAAUUGUUACACUUUAGACAUUCAUAAUAUAAUGCUGUAAUUGUUACUAUUAUUAAAUAUUAUAUUCACAAAAUGUUAAAGUUGCAUACUAAACCUGCCCUGUUAAAAAAAUUUGUAAAUAAUUAUAUUGAAAAUAGUAGUUUCCAUCAUCUGAGGAAAUAACAAUCUUUUGCAAACAACCAGUGCUUUUACAUGUAUUGACCAAAAAGGGGACAUUGCAAGAUAGUCGUCUAGAAUAGUGCUUACAUAUAUAUAUUUAAGAUCAAAAGUAUUAAGAAUCACAAAUAAUGGUAAAUAAAGAGAAAACCUAUUUACUGCAUAUUAAAAAAAAUUAAAGAUUAGAGUAUAAAAUACAUUAAUUAGUAGUUUUAACAGAAAAAUAAAGAUUACCUAUGGGGAAGAAUGUUUCUGUACUUAAACUCCAGUAUAUCAUCUGGAUUUUUUAUAUUAAAUUUUAUCUUGCAAAACCCCUGUAUAUUUUGGGAAACCCUGUUCUAGAGCGACAGCUGACAUCAUGUGAUUAGAUUCUUAUUGAAAGACUACUAGAAGGACAAGCAUAUUGACCUGUCGGAUUAUCAGCAUAAUCAUACAUAUCGUGAGUCGUCGCCACAUCAUUACCCUCCGUCCCUCCAAUCACCAAGUUCCAUACCUAAUGUUAGGUUAAUUAAAAUUUCAGGAUUAAGCAGGGUGUGGUUUGUAAAUGUUGACUUAACAUAAUAUUAUAUUAUAUUUGUUUUUACUAAACCCAGGGUUGGUUUACCCAACCAUAGAUUAUAUAAAUUACAGCAUUUUUGUUUGUAUAUACAUGUGUAUAUUAUAAAAAUAUAUAUUAUUUGUCCUUUCAUCUAAUUUCAUUUACUGUUGUUAUCGAGACUCUUCCACAUUCAUUCCAUUUCCACAUGAACUUAGAUUAAAAAAGACAUUUUAAGACAUUAUUCUAACACAACAAGAGAUACAUCAUCUCAAUAUGCAUAAACGUGACAUGAUUCAAAUGCAACAUAAGAUUGCAGUCAUAAAUUACUACAACCUUUUUAUGCUAGUUACAGCAUCUCAGUAUUUGUAAAAAGUGCAAAGAACACAAUGGUUUCAAUAUUAAUAAAUGUAAAUGUAACUACACAAAAUUAGACGAUAUUCAGUUUAUUGGUGGCAUUGCAAGAUUUUAUUCUCCACUUAACAAUCGCAGGGAGACUGUGAACCAGUUUUGACUUUUCUUUACAUCUUACCAUUUUGUUAAGAUCAAACAUGUUUAUACAUAUGUAUCCUCUUAUGUGAAGGACAGUCAUGAAGAGAUACUAAACAUGAAUUACAACAUAAUUUUUAUUCAUUUUUUUUUUCCCUUCGUAGUUUUGUUAUGAAUAAAAGGGAUUUUAUUUUAAACCUACUAUUUAAUAUUGUUAGAUUUUUUUUAAAAUUUUGUUGUUUCAGUAGAAUUAGACAUUGUAGUAGUAGAUACACAUUUUGUAUACAGAAUAUUUGGAAUAUCAAAUAUUUAAAUAAAAGCAUAUAUAAAUUGAAUUGUAUAUAGUAAUAAGUUAAUUGAAAGCGGUAUUAUAAAUUAUGAUUAUGAUCACCAUAAAGCAUAAACACUAGAUUACUGGUAGAAAUUUGAAGUGAAAAAGCCCUGGUAUGAUCAUCAUAAAGCAUGUAUAUUGUGUUAUAGUAGACCUAAGUUAAUUCAUGACUAGAAUCACAAUAUCAAACAAUAAAAAAAAUGACAACAUCUAUGCACCUCAUAUACUCAGAGAAAUAAACGUAUAUCAAUUUUAAAAAUCAAAAUAUUUUGUAUCCUAGUAGAAAUUAUAUUGAUGUGUAUAAUUAUGAAUUUAUAUAAUAAUGUUUUAUUGUUGAAUGUAUAUGAAUCAAAACUAACAGGAUAUAUUUCCUCAGCAGUCUAAAAGUUGCUGAAAAUUUUUGGCAAAAAAUAUCUGAUAUUUUAUGGCAUAUAAACUUUUGUGGCUUUAUCCACAGUAAGAUUUACUAUAAUUGAUUAUUUACUAUUUAAUUAAGAAAACAAAGUCCAAAGAUAAUCUUCUGGCUUGGAUUCAAUCAGAUUAAAAAGAGACUCUCAUCAACAGAUUUUAUCCAACACUAAUAGGUGGCACUGGCAUGUUUAUACCGUCGGCAGAGAAUGCUGAAUGCUGCAAAAUGUUCAGUUUAUGAUCAUCUUGGUAAAUAAUGAACAAGACUUGAAAAAUUUUUGAACUGAUAAUCCGUUUAUAGAUUCAACUUUAAAAAUCCUAUAAAUGAUGAUCAGUGACUUUAAAUAUAUAAUCAUCAAUUAGAAACAUAAGUUAAGCUACCUGAAAAAAGGUAAGCAAAUGAGUGCAUAACAUAGCAACAUCUGAGUGAUAUCAACCGCGAACUGACACUCUGUAAUAUUUGACUUGUUUAAUUGUUGCAGGCUUAUUAGGCAAAGUUUGUCUAUAAUUAUAUUUUGGGUGGUUGUUUCAAAUAUACUUUCACAUAAAAAUAAGUUUAUAGAGUCGAACAUUUGACCUUAUUGUGCAUGAGGGAAUAUAUCUUUAAUUGUCAAAUAGUUAAAAAUGUAUGAAGAUAGUGUUUAUGAAUGAAAAUUAUAUUCUUGAAAGAAAAUAAAAUCAAAACUAUUAUACGAUCUAUAUUUUAAUCAGAGAAUCAGAGUACGUAAUUUAUCUUAAGAACGUUCAUUUUUGUUAGAAUUUAAAAUGGAUUAAUUUAUUGAAAAAAAACCAAAACAACACUGUUUGAUCAAAUGUUAAUGUGACAGGUAUUUGUUCAGAAUUAUUGUUAACUAUAAGGUUAACUGAAACACAAUAAUUAUUAAUAUUAGGUAAACAUACCGGUUAUAUAUUGUAAAUAAUGAGAGCCAUUCAUUUGAUAUUAUGCAUGCAACAUGGAAUAAUACACCAUGCUAUCUUUACCUUCACACUAUGUUAGUUGCACAUGUUCCAUAUGGGUUGGCCUAUUGUUGUCAAAUACCUUGUGAUGUGGUUAUUUCCCCAGAAGCAGUUGAACCAAUUUGGCACAGUAGGUCAAAGAAAUUUAAUUUUUUUGCGAAAAAUAUACGUUUCUAUUUAAUAAGAAUAGAAUGAAGUAGAUAAUAUGUUAUAAAUAUCAGGAUUACUUCAUUAUGAAAUUAACAUUCGGUAAAAUUCUUGCUAAAACUGAUGUGUAUUUAGUAACCAAUUGAUCACUAAUUCAGAUUUUGCAUAUUGGAUUAGGCUUUCAUAGGUCUAUGUGGACUUUGGGGUAACUAGCAUAUUGAAGGUUAGGAUGGUAUUACUUGUAAAACUACAUUCCUUAUCGUUAAACUUUUGUAACCUAAAUUUAAUUUUUUCAUUACUUAAUGCUUCAUUUCUUUCUCACUUUCAUUUAUUUAUAGAACUUUAGCUGUUUUAUAUUUAUGUACCACCCAAAAUGAAAAUUGUUUACCUUUAAAUGAAUAAACUGGCAGUCUAGCCACUUUUUAAAUAAACGAACCAGCAGCAAUAAGCCCCACUUUUUUGGGAUAGGGUAUAUGUGUAUGUCACAUAUAAUCAUUCUUUCCAGGAAAUAAAAUCAGUAUUUUACUCAUUAUGCAUAAUUUGUAAAAAAAAUCACAUCAGGUUUUUUUUAAAAAAUGUAUUUGUAUUGGUGUCGAUUUUGUCCAGACCAGUAUUGGUUUUUGUCGAAAUAGAGACAAUUUUGGCUGGACUGAUUAAGACUAUAUUAGUUGAAAACAGUAUCCGAGUACAUGUAAAUAUCAAUUGCCUAACCUUGUGGGUUUCCUUCCACUUCUAAAGACCCAUGCACACAAGCAAAUUAUUGAAGUAAGAUAUACACUGUUGUUCUGGAAGCGGCCUAGUGGUGUUAUCUCUCUCCCUUCCCCAAUAUGAUACUAAACUUUGGAUAAAGGUUCUGCAUUUGAGAGAGAAUGUUUAAGUCCCACUCAUUCAAAUGUUCCAUAAAGGUAUAUGUCACACAAACCCAGGAUAGAACCAAUGGAUUGUAUGGAUAACAUUCCUUGUGAUCUACAGAGUGUAUAAUAGACCCCUUGGUCACCCACGUGGCAUACUAUAUUAGGACAAUCCAAUCUGUUAGUCUUAGACAAGAGUAUUGCUUUAUGUAUAAUGACCUAAGAUCCUUUAAUAUUGAUAAAUGCAGAGGGACGUUAUGUACCGGUAAUUUAUUUAUGUCUUUAUCAUUCUGUUCCAAGUAAUGUCUCAUUUGUAUUUUUUCAUAGAAAUAAAAAAAACCUUUAUCAGUAAUUUA